UGUAACUUCUAGUUAAUUAUAUCGAAAAUAUUAGAAUAAAAUCAAAGUAAAUUUUUUUAGUUGUUUCAAUUUAGUAUAACGAAUAUACAAUAAUGAAUUUAAAUAAAAUAAGCUGUAUAUUCCUUUUAGGAAUUUUAAUUUGUGUUGUUUCAUCAUCUCAUAAUUCCUCAAAGCAUAUUAAAAGAGAACAAUCAUGUAGAAAACAUUGUCCACUUGGACAAAAAUGGAUUUGUAGUACCAAUGGUACACAAUAUCGUUUCUUUAUGAAUAAAUGUUGGAUGGAUAAGUUCAAUUGUGUUGAAAAAGAAGAAUACAGUCAUGUUGAAAGGAGAUUAUGUCAAAAAGCUCAUCAAGAACAUCAUAAAUCAGUUGUAGCCUCAAAUGCUCAUAAAUUGGAUCUACCUAAUUCAGAUGCUAUGAAUAAAUGUUUAAAAUGUAAUGCCGGUUAUAAACCAGUAUGUGGAUAUAAUGGUGAAAUUAAUCACAUGUUUAAAAAUAAUUGUCACCUUAAACGUUUCAAUUGUAUUCAUACUGAAAAAAAAUUCCAAAAAACAGCAUUAAAUAAUUGUCCCAUACCAGUAAUAAAUAAAAGCCGAGGUUCAAGAAAAGGAAACGGAAAGAUAGAGAAAGAUUCGACAGCGGAAGAUAAAAAGAACUAAAAAUAUCAUUUAAACUUUUAGGUUUAAACUCAAUUUAAGCUAAUAUCAUUAUAAUUUUGAAUGAAAAACUAUUUGGCGCAAUAAAAUCACACAAAUUCUGUUUUAA